AUGUUAACUCCUUUACCUACAUUUGAAAUGCUUACCACCAUCAAUGGGGUUAUGAAACGUAAUGUAAUUGAAUAUCUGAUGAAGAUUCUUACAAAGAGAACCUGUUUCAGAGGUAUCAGGACCCAUGCUGUUGCUGCCUCUUUGAAAUUAUUAAUGCAUUUUCCUUUUAAUUGUUCUUACUUGAACAGCCACAUGAAUAAUAAUUCACUUAGUGGGCAAAUACCACCACAGUUGUCCAGACUUCCAAAACUUGUUCACUUGUUGCUUGACAAUAACAACUUAUCGGGAUAUCUUCCGCCGGAGCUUUCUGAAAUGCCAAGUUUGCAGAUACUUCAACUAGAUAAUAACAACUUUGCCGGGAGUGAAAUACCUUCUUCAUAUAGCGCCAUGUCUCUUCUGUUGAAAAUGUCACUGGCAAACAAUUCCCUGAGUGGUUCUGACCCAUCCUCCAUUUGGCAAAAUAGGACUCUUAAUGAAUCUGAGAGACUGUCCUUGGAUUUUCAGAACAAUAUGUUUUCGAAUAUAUCUGGCAGUCCUGCCCUCCCUCUGAAUGUCACCGUUAGGCUUCACGGAAAUCCCAUAUGCUUAAGAAGCAACCUUGUUCAAUUCUGUGGAUCCCAAGACGAAGGUGUCAGCAAUAUCUUGAACAAAACAGAUGCCAGAGUGUGUAUAUCGUCAUGUCCACCUCCUUAUGAGUUAGCUCCACCAUCUCCUGAUUCACCUUGCUUUUGUGCUGCACCUCUGCUGCUCGAAAUUGAUUCGGCUGAAUGGCAAGAGGGACCUCGACUGAGAAUGUACCUGAAGAUUUAUCCAGUGUAUGUUAACAACACAACAUUCAAAUUUAAUGAAAGCGAGGUCACACGAAUUCGUAGCUUGUUUAGUGGAUGGAAUAUUCCAGAUAGCGAGAUGUUGAUCUAUGAGUUCAUGUCUAAUGGUACUUUGAGAGAUCACCUAUCUGGGAAGUCUAAAUUGCCUUUGAGUUUUGCUAUGAGAGUUGCUGAUUUUGGACUAUCACGGUUAGCUCCAGUUCCUGAGCUUGAAGGAGGCAUGCCUUCUUAUGUAUCAACAGUUGUAAAGGGGACUCCGGGAUAUCUUGAUCCAGAGUAUUUUUUAACUCACAAGUUGACGGACAAAAGUGAUGUUUACAGCCUUGGUGUUGUCUUUCUCGAACUCUUGACAGGAAUGCACCCAAUUUCACAUGGGAAAAACAUUGUUCGGGAGGUCAACAUUGCAUAUCGUUCGAGUGUGAUAUUUUCUGUCAUUGAUGAAGAAAUGGGAUCUUAUCCCUCUGAAUGCGUGGAGAAGUUCAUAGAUCUAGCUCUUAAGUGCUGCCAAGACGAGACAGAUUCCCGGCCUUCAAUGGCAGAAGUGGUUAGAGAACUUGAGAACAUAUGGCUCAUGACACCUGAGUCGGACACCAAGAUAUCCGAAUCCAAAGUCACUGAUCCCGGAAAGGAUAUCACUCCGCCAUCUUCAUCUACUUCACUAAAGCAUCCAUACGUUUCACAAGAUAUCUCAAGCAGUGAUCUCGUGAGUGGAGUUAUUCCCACUGUUACACCGAGGUGA